AUGUACAUUUAUACACCAGAUAAUUUGCUCACUCAAAAUAUUGCCAGGUGCGAUGAAUGCCGCCGCUUGAAGGAAAAAUGCGAAGGAGGCAUCCCCUGUCGUCGAUGCGCCCACUUCCGGCGUCCCUGCGAGUUCUCUCUGCCAUGUGGGCACAACGGCAAACUAACCCUUCACUGCAGAACACGGCCAGCCAAGUCGGAGGUACAAGAGUUGCUGGACCGAUGCAGAUACAUGGAACAGAUCUUGAAGCACACGAUUGAGGGCAUCGCGCUAGACACCAAGAGCCUCGCCCGUCUGGCAAACUCCUUCACUACCGGCAAAAGCUCAGAUCAUCCAGAAGUGAUCAGCCCGGCUGGAAUGGCUCUGGAGGAAGAGGAUUGUACUAUCGACCCGGUGGGUGACACCACUACGCACUUCUCCGGAGAAUUCUCCUACUGGAACUUUUCCAUGCGCAUCAAGCAGCGCAUCCAGAGUCGCAGGCGGACCAAGAGCCCCGACCGUGUUUCAGGAUACUGGCGGGCUCAACACCUCAAGACCAAUGAGCAUUUAUCGGCCGCCCUGGCAUGUUUUCCUCCUCGUCCAAUAACUGGCUUCCUUGUCAAGACUUUUCUCAAAUAUGCCGCGACACAUUGGUUUCUCGUGGAAGAGGAUUGGCUAUUGGAUCGCGCGCACCGACUGUACACCGACCCCGCGAGCCUUGGGGAUACGGCUGCUGCGGUCGCUAGUAUUCUUCUCUCUGUGCUGGCCAUCGGAACUCAGUACGCCCAUUUGGAGUCUCCUAGCGACCGAGAUCCCAAAAACCAGACGCCGUCCUUCUCCGAAGAAGAUGUCGGGGUGCGAUUCUACGAACAGUCCAUCCGACUACUCCCGGAAAUAAUCGAGCUGUCCUGCUUGGAGAGUGUACAAGCAUGUCUGCUACUUGGAUUUUAUGCCCUUCCGGUCGAUGCCUCUGGGCUUGGCUAUAUCUACAUAAACUUGGCAGUGCGUCUAGCUAUGCAAAACGGCAUGCAUCGCAAAUGCCGUCGGGACGCGUUCAGUCCGGUGAUGAUGGAGACGCGGAACCGCGUCUGGUGGACGGCGUAUUCCCUGGAAAGAUUGAUUUCGAUCUUUCACGGACGACCCUUGUCCGUGCAUCGUGCGGAUGUGGAUGCAGACCUUCCCCAUGCUCGCGGAGAUAUGGGCCAGGCACAGUCCACCUGGAGUUCGCAAUGUGCAGUCAUCUCAAUCCGGAUGCUGGACUGGCUGGAGGAAUUCCUCCAUGACAUAUCCCGUCUCAGGCACGCUCAACCCGCCGGACUGCCCGUCGUCAUAGGCCAGCUAAUAGCUCGCAAGGAGUCCUGGGACCGCUGGUGGGCAGGCCAGUCUGACGCGCUUGUCAACUCAAUUCAGCCGGGACACCAGCCGAAUCGCGCCGUCAUGCACCUGUGUCUGGAAUCAUGUCUGUUGCGCAUGUUUAUCGGCCGCCCGUUCCUCCUCCGCAAGGACACUCCUAGCCAUCCGAAUGCAAAUCCCCAAUCAUCUUCGGAGGAAACGUACUUCCAGCCUUCCGACCGCGACAGUCUUAUCGGCGACUGCAUCCAGGCUGCCCAGGAGGCGCUGGGUAUCUGUCGCCAGCUCCGCGAUCACGGGCCGGGACUGGCACGAGCGUCCUACCUGGAGUAUAGCGCGUGUCGGGCCGCCUUACUGGUUCUGAUCGCUUUCUCCGUACAGAAUCUAUCGGAUGCCUUGCGACAGCCCAUGCGCGAGGGACUUGUCUUGCUCCGGGAGAUGUCAGCAGCAGGUGAUUCUGCACGGUCGGAAGUAUCUCUGCUCGAGGCACUGGAAAGAUCCCUGGCGCGUCUUCAUACAGUAGCCCAACGACCCGAACCCGCGGCAGAAUCGACUGGACUGGUGUCCGACUACGAAGCCUUUCGCAACUGGGGCACAACAUGCAAAAAGCCUGCAUCCGAGGCAGCCCCACCGCACCCAGACACGGUCGAGCCAUGGACGGUUCCGCUGGAUGGGAUGGAGCAGCUUCCCCCGUAUGAUCCCGCUCUGGAUCUCUCCAUCUUUGGUGGUGCCAAUCUAUCCCCUUCCGCGACCUGGCCCACCCGCACCGAGACGCAGGUGCUGGAAGAGUUCCUGGCCGGAUCGAGCCUGGAUCCGAUCUGGACUCAUGUUGAUCUUCCAUGA